CAACGGCCAAUCAACCGCCAGGAAGAAGCCGAUGGACCUUCAGAAGGGCAUGAUAUCAGCGCAGCUCUACGUCUAGAGAGCACUAUUGACUGGCUUUCCCUUCAACGACCCUCCCGCCAACACCCACGCUCGCAAACCACUGGCCUAAUCCGACCCCUGUGGAAUAUACUGUAGACUUAUUUCGAUCCAAGACCGCUAGCCAUUCCAAUCAUUUCCGCUAGACUACUCCCACAAGUGCAAGACUUCCAAUCGGACUCACCCCUUUAGGAUUCCUGGACCAUCACGUCCGCUACCUCCAAUCAUUCCGCCAUGGCCGACUCGGACUAUGACUUCGAAGAAGACGCCUCCGACGACGAAUAUAUCGGCUCCAAGGCGGCCAGCGGUAGGAGCUCACGGGCGAGCGGCGCAGUGGGACUAGGGAAGCGGAAGACCCAAGAGAAGGAGAAGGGAAAGGCGACGUUGGCGUGGGAGCGGCGUGGGAGCGAGGCAUCUAUCGAGUAUGAUCUGGAGCUGGACGGGGACUUGGACCUGGGAGAGGAGAGUAUACGGCAGAGUGUGCAGGAGAAGGAGGAGGAGAGGAAGCGGAAGAGACUACGCAAAGACACCAAACCCUUCCAGCGAGGCAUCAUCCGGCACGUCGUCCUCGUCCUCGACCUCUCCGAAGCCAUGCUAGAGAAAGACAUGCGGCCCAACCGGUACAUCACCAUGAUAAAAUACACGCAAGAAUACGUGCGCGAGUUCUUCGAGCAAAACCCCAUCUCCCAAAUGAGCGUGCUAGGCAUGCACGACGGCCUCUGCAUCCGCGUGUCGGAACUCUCGGGCAACCCGGCCGACCACAUCGCCGCCAUCCAAGGCCUGCGCUUCCCCCGCAACCCAAAGGAUAUCCCCAAAGAACCCAAGGGGUCGCCGAGUUUGCAAAACGCCCUGGAGCUGGCCAGAGCGACACUCUACCACACCCCCAGCCACGGGACGCGAGAAGUCAUCAUCGUGUUCGGCUCCCUCCUUUCCCUCGACCCGGGCGACAUCCACCAAACCAUCAAAGCCUGCGUGCGAGACCGCAUCCGCGUCAGCAUCAUCGGCAUGAGCGCCCGCCUCCGCAUAUGCCAGGAGAUUGUCUCGCGGACCAACGCGGGCGACGAGAGCGAGUACGUCGUAGCCACCGACCAGGAACUGCUGCGCGAGUUGCUCCUCGCGACGACGACGCCGCCCGUCGUGCGGAAGGACCGGUCCGCGGCGUCGGCGGAAUCCACGGCCGCGCUCAUGAUGAUGGGGUUCCCGUCGCGCGUCGUCCAAGACGUGCCUACCCUGUGUGCAUGCCACGGCGUGUUGACGUCGGGGGGUUACACGUGUCCGCGGUGCGCGGCCAAGGUGUGCAGUCUCCCCGUUACGUGUCCCAGUUGCCAGUUGACGCUGCUGCUGUCAACGCAUCUGGCGAGAAGCUAUCACCACUUGUUUCCGCUGCGGAAUUGGGCAGAGGUGAGUUGGCGGCGGGCGAGGGAGAAGGGGAGUGUGGAGUGUGUUGGGUGUUUGGCUGUGUUUCCGAAGCCGCCGCCUGAGGACCCGGAAGCAGGUGCUCGGGGUGGAGGGGGAGGUGAUGAUGAGAUGGCUGUGGAUGGGCCUGUGGGGGGUGGUGGGAAGAAGCAAGCUCCGGAAGAUGAGGAGGAGUCGGAAGAGCAGAGGGCGAGCGAGAGCUCGAGGUAUGAGUGUCGGGUUUGCGAGAGCCAUUUCUGCAUCGAUUGCGACAUGUUUUGUCACAUGGUGCUGCAUAAUUGUCCUGGAUGUUUGAGCCAUGAGCCUGGGGCGGGGUGAGCGAGGAGGAGAGAGUGAGAAAGUUAGAUAUACCCAGACGAUAAACGUCCUUGAAAGAGCCUUUUUGAUAUAGUUAUAACACAAUGG